UAUUUCGAGUUUGUGUUUUCACGUUGCUGCGGUGAGUCAACCAGUUCUCCCCAUAAUGCCCCUCCCUGUCCCCCCAAAAAGACUCUUUCGGAAAUUAGGUACGCUUUAGCGGAUACAGAGGACGAGAGUGCACUGAAGUGCAUGUGAAAGGGCAGUUUAAGAACAGUCGGGGACCAUGAACUUGAAUUUCAGCCGCAGCUGCUGCCUGUUUUUGCACGUUGCACUCACCUCGAGACUACCCUUGACGAAAGAACAGCAGUUUAAGUCUCAUCAGUAAGAAGUUAAGAACUCUCCUGAACCUGUUGAUUCCACACGGUCCAAUUUCCGGGAUCAGUUUAAUAGGCUUACAACAUCCUUCCAGAAACUUGCAUGUACCAAGCCAGGUGGUGAAUGUCUCUCAAGAUGCAUGAGCGAGGAGUUGACAUCGCUCUGUCAUCUAGACACCAGUUUGUCCGCCAGCUUGCUCAGCUUUGCCGCCUCCUCGUGUGUUAACAGAGCUCAACCUUAAACCUGUUGGCAUCUCCGGACUCCUCACCCACUGCAAGCAUGGCUUCAAUUUUGCGACGUGUUUGUCUGCCCCUCGUGGUGUUACUUUAUCUUGCUGCUGCACGUGUGUCGUCCCAGAGGACUAUAAAAGUGGGCACGUGGUUACCAGGGCAGCGCGUCUGCGUGGCUACAGCCUGCGCGUACACCGUCGACAUCGCCCUCGCCGACUGCAACGGUCGUCAGCUCACUUGCUUACCGUUGAAAUUCAACCAAGCAGUCAAUAUGGACAUGGGACAAAACAGCAUCAACCGGUUACCCCGCGGAAUGCUGACUGGUUACCUUAGACUCAGGUCGUUAGACCUAACAAACAAUUUGAUCUCGACCAUUGAGGACCGGGCUUUCAAUUCGCUGGGAACGCUCAAAAGCUUGACCCUGAGUUUCAACCGGAUCAGCCGAUUGGGAGUCGGGACAUUUACCGGACUGAGGAGUAUACAGAACCUCUAUCUGCAAGGCAAUAGCAUCGCGUCGAUUCACGUCAACUCAUUCACGGGCUUGACGGAGAUACGAGAUUUGAAUCUCGCUGGUAACCGAUUGGUGACCUUGCCUGAUUCCGUAUUCAGCCCCAUGGUUAACAUGCGGAGACUCAUGCUGCAGGAAAACCAGCUGAGUACCACCAACCGCUUCUUGACUGGUUUACGAAGCCUGGUCGAGUUGGAUCUAGACGGUAAUCGGUUUACCACUUUGCCAGAUCUGAGCGGUAUGCGCAUGCUCGGUGACCUCGAGAUCACAGAUUCCAGUAUACGGCGGAUCAAGAACAAUUCAUUUGCCGGUUGCGGACGGAUGAAAGAGUUGAUACUUUCGAGCAACUCUAUCGACACGAUCGACAUUCUGGGUUUUAAUGGGUUGCGGGAUUUGACGGACCUCCAUCUGUCAUCCAACGUACUCCAGACGAUCCCACAGACUGCCUUCCGCCAGUUGAUCUUCGUGGAGAGAUUAUAUCUCCAGAACAACUUGUUGAAGACUCUGACAGCCAAUCACUUCGCGACCUUGACCAGACUGCUUGUCCUGUCUCUAGGCAACAACCAAUUGACUGUCUUUCCUCCUCUACCAACUCUCAGAUCACUUACCACCUUGGAUCUUACCUCCAACCAGCUAUCAACGUUCACCAAGGAUAUGUUGUUGUCCCUCCCGCUCUUGAACCGCCUUCUGCUGACCAACAACCCGCUCCAGUGUGACUGCCGUCUCAAAUACCUCCGCCAGUGGUUCAUUGAUAGCGGUCGGCGGCACCGUAGCUUUGAGAUCCCGCAGUGCGAGCUGCCGGCCUUGUUAAGCAAGACUCGGCUCACUGCUGCGCCGGCGUCCGGUCUGCUCUGCUCUCCGCCGUCCGUGUGGGCACGCACGGAGUCCGUCUCAGGCCUGGAAGGACAUAACAUCACCUUAGAUUGCAGCGGGACGGGUGGUUUUCCUUCCCCGUCUAUCUCUUGGCGGUCACCCGAUCACCAGGAGCUCCUUCCCGAUGUUCUCUCGGGUCGGUAUCUCGUCUCAGACGAUGGACCAAUGACAGUCAUCAGAGCAACCAUGGCCGAUACUGGACUAUUCACCUGCGUUGGAUCUAACCCUGCCGGUAUGGCUACUGUUGCGGUUGCCUUAAGAGUCAAAAAGAAUCCCAACCUCCCAAUACCUACUCCGGCAAUAGGUGGGACCAUCCCAGUCACACCUGCUCAAGUGGACCCACUGACCUCGCCUGGAGUUGACAGACCCAUCACCCCAUAUAUUGACGUGGUGACAUCAUUUAACACACCCUCAGAGAAACUCCCACCAGAUGUACUACCGACAAGCUGGGAACCAGGGAAGCCUGGGUGGGAAGAAAAACCAAGACUUCCUGGAGAACAGCCACCGCCUUCUGACGAUGACCUGUAUUGGGAUGAGACUGGCUGCGGUACACAUCCUACCAAGGUGGCCUGGGGCAUCUUCCUGACCUUCUUCUUAACUUGUAUCCUCUGCACCAUCUUCUUCUGGUCUUGGUACCACCGCCUGAUCCCAAGGAUCAUCGGGCGUUCGCUCAACCUCCGGUCUCUCAAGAGCAGGCGUCCGAUGUCUCGGAACAUCGUACCCUUGCGGUCGCGAGCGGCUAGGGCUUACAACCAGAUGCAAAGUGAGGGCAUCUACAUGCGGCCAGGCUCCUACAGCGGUAGCGACGACUCUCGCAGCUCUUCCGGCACCUUCGAUCCGGAUAGUCGUUACGUCAUCACAGAGAGCGCCGUGGAUCCGGAAACCUUAGUGCGAAGGCAACUGAUCCUGGACAGACUCACGCUCAAGCCGUCGGUCGUGUCCGGCGCUGAUCGGCACACUUACAUGAACGCCGAUGUGGUACUGAGUGAAUCGAACUACACUGCGCUUUGCACAACCAAAGACGCUAAUCGGUCGUCCGUGCAGCCUGGGACGGAGUCUAACGAGGAGCACUCUACCAAGCAGUUCAAGCAUAAAUCACUUGCAGAAAGGAGUGUGGACAGUAGAAUAUACAUGGAUCUCAGUUGAGGAACCUUUCCAAACUCUUAAUUUAAUGAUAAAUAAAGGGAUGAACCGGUGUCUUUUGAAAUUAUUACUCUAAUUUAAAUAAAUUAAACUAUUUUAGGUCAGGGCAAUUCGGUAAAACCCAACGCACGUCCGACCACAUGAUGUACGUGUACAAGGUCGCUAUAAGGUGGUGGUACCUUAGUUUGGUCUGUAAUUGUUUUCUACUCAUUAGAUGUCACAUUAUUAGUGAUGUAUCACAUUCACUUUUCCAACAGCAGCUCAUUAAAGUGUCGGACCUGUACGAUCGAAUUUAUGGAAUUGCCCGUAUGGUACAGAGUGGUGUUGUAUAUAACUUUGUGCAAUCUCAAACAAAUCUUUGUAUUCAUUUCAAACAAAAAGGUGGGAUCUUUUUAUACUACAGCGCGUCCCAAAAUACCCGCAACUUCUUUUGCGAGGCUCUGGCGUCGGCGCGGAAACACGUACCGCCAUUAUUUGUUUUAUAUCAUUUGAAAGCGUGGAACUUUAACUUUACCCUGGCGAGUAUUGGUUUAUUAUUCCAAUGAGUUUUAAAAUUAUUCGUGUUUAAAUAAAGGCAUGUCAAAAACAAACUC